AUGCCACGAGAGAUCAGCAAACAUAGAACCGGUCAACCUAUAAACCAGUAAGUAUCGAAACCAGAAACUCAUACUAACUGUUAUUCCCUAUUUGUGGUGUUCAACUACAAAGGCAUCCCUUGUGCUUAGCCUAAUUGCUCUGGUUUGGACCUGGUAAACCCAGGAUACCCAAAUAAGUUGGUACUCAAACUAACUGUUUCUCUACUCCUGUUGUGAUUGUGGUCACUGUAUGACCAUUGACCUGUCUUCAUUUGAUUAUGGCUGUCAUUAUCACUCUUGCUCAAAUCCUUGAAGGAACACAGUUUACAGCCGUCAACACACAGCAGAUUUAUAAGUGGGAUUAAGAGACGCUUGAUCUAUGGCGGUUGUUUUUUUUUCCAUUUCAGUUCACUUUUUGACAUGAAACAUUGAUUUGAAUUUAAAUGUUGACUUUUGUACUUGUUAUCAUAUUUCAUAUACAUGUAUCAUUGAUGUAUUAGAAGGAGUGUGGUGGUAAGAUUUCUUGCUUGUCAUGUGAAAGAAAGCAGAGCUGGCAUGGAGGCCGAGCCACUGUUGUUUUUCUCCCUCCACCAUGUACCCUGGAUUUGUUGAUCAGGUAGGUGACUAAUUUCAGUUUUUUGGAUUAUUAACUGUCUAAUACAUUUUCUUGAGAAUUAACAUUGCAUGGUUUUAAAGUUGGAAAAAGCUAGUUAUCAUAACAAGAGUGACUUGUUAAACAAUUAUUUGGUGAUACAUUGUGAUGCUAAUAUUUUGCUCUCUAGACCUCCUAAACACCUGAUUUAAUAACACACCCACUCAGUCAGUUUUCAUACUGACUGUUCCUCUUCACUUGUUGUGAUCAUGGAUCCACAACUGUAUCUCUGAUGCCUGCCCCAUACAUUCCAUAUAACUGACUGGAAACUUGUGGAAGAUACUACUUGUAUGAAGUUGGAUUCCUUAUGGUGGCUGGAUGCUUGAAUAUGGCCAGAUUCCAAUGAAAGCUGAACUUGUGGAACAUGUAGUGUUGUUAUGUGGCCGAUGAACUGUUUCGGCAGAAGCCGGUGUCACUUAAUCUACAUAACACAAGAGAUCAGAAAUCAUAGAACUGGCCAACCAAUAACCAGUAAGUAUGGAAACCAGCAACUCAUACUAACUGUUCUUCCCUAUAUGUAGUGCUUAACUACAAAAGCAUCCCUUGUAUGAAGUUGGAUUCUUUAUGGUGGCUGGAUGCUUGAAUAUGGCCGGAUUCCAAUGAAAGCUGAACUUGUGGAACAUGUAGUGGUGUUAUGUGGCCGAUGAACUGUUUCGGCAGAAGCCGGUGUCACUUAAUCUACAUAACACAAGAGAUCAGAAAUCAUAGAACUGGCCAACCAAUAAACCAGUAAGUAUGGAAACCAGCAACUCAUACUAACUGUUCUUCCCUAUAUGUAGUGCUUAACUACAAAAGCAUCCCUUGUAUGAAGUUGGAUUCUUUAUGGUGGCUGGAUGCUUGAAUAUGGCCGGAUUCCAAUGAAAGCUGAACUUGUGGAACAUGUAGUGGUGUUAUGUGGUCGAUGAACUGUUUCGGCAGAAGCCGGUGUCAUUUAAUCUACAUAACACAAGAGAUCAGAAAUCAUAGAACUGGCCAACCAAUAAACCAGUAAGUAUGGAAACCAGCAACUCAUACUAACUGUUCUUCCCUAUAUGUAGUGCUUAACUACAAAAACAUCCCUUGUAUGAAGUUGGAUUCCUUAUGGUGGCUGGAUGCUUGAAUAUGGCGGAUUCCAAUGAAAGCUGAACUUGUGGAACAUGUAGUGGUGUUAUGUGGCCGAUGAACUGUUUCGGCAGAAGCCGGUGUCACUUAAUCUGCAUAACACAAGAGAUCAGAAAUCAUAGAACUGGCCAACCAAUAACCAGUAAGUAUGGAAACCAGCAACUCAUACUAACUGUUCUUCCCUAUAUGUAGUGCUUAACUACAAAAGCAUCUCUUGUAUGAAGUUGGAUUCCUUAUGGUGGCUGGAUGCUUGAAUAUGGCCAGAUUCCAAUGAAAGCUGAACUUGUGGAACAUGUAGUGGUGUUAUGUGGCCGAUGAACUGUUUCGGCAGAAGCCGGUGUCACUUAAUCUACAUAACACAAGAGAUCAGAAAUCAUAGAACUGGCCAACCAAUAAACCAGUAAGUAUGGAAACCAGCAACUCAUACUAACUGUUCUUCCCUAUAUGUAGUGCUUAACUACAAAAGCAUCCCUUGUAUGAAGUUGGAUUCCUUAUGGUGGCUGGAUGCUUGAAUAUGGCCGGAUUCCAAUGAAAGCUGAACUUGUGGAACAUGUAGUGGUGUUAUGUGGUCGAUGAACUGUUUCGGCAGAAGCCGGUGUCAUUUAAUCUACAUAACACAAGAGAUCAGAAAUCAUAGAACUGGCCAACCAAUAAACCAGUAAGUAUGGAAACCAGCAACUCAUACUAACUGUUCUUCCCUAUAUGUAGUGCUUAACUACAAAAGCAUCCCUUGUAUGAAGUUGGAUUCCUUAUGGUGGCUGGAUGCUUGAAUAUGGCCGGAUUCCAAUGAAAGCUGAACUUGUGGAACAUGUAGUGGUGUUAUGUGGCCGAUGAACUGUUUCGGCAGAAGCCGGUGUCACUUAAUCUGCAUAACACAAGAGAUCAGAAAUCAUAGAACUGGCCAACCACUAACCAGUAAGUAUGGAAACCAGCAACUCAUACUAACUGUUCUUCCCUAUAUGUAGUGCUUAACUACAAAAGCAUCUCUUGUAUGAAGUUGGAUUCCUUAUGGUGGCUGGAUGCUUGAAUAUGGCCAGAUUCCAAUGAAAGCUGAACUUGUGGAACAUGUAGUGGUGUUAUGUGGCCGAUGAACUGUUUCGGCAGAAGCCGGUGUCACUUAAUCUACAUAACACAAGAGAUCAGAAAUCAUAGAACUGGCCAACCAAUAAACCAGUAAGUAUGGAAACCAGCUACUCAUACUAAUUGUUCUUCCCUAUUUGUAGUGCGUAACUACAAAACCAUUCCUGAUGCCUUCCCUUUUUGCUGUGAUUUCAACCUGGCUAUUAGAGGAACCUGCCACCCAACUCCAGGAAAUCCAGGAUACCCAACAUGCCUCCUCAGUCAGUCAGUACUUAUGCUGACUUUCCUCUAGUCUUGUAGUGAUUGUGGCCAGUGCAAGUACCUUGAGCUAUCUGCAUUGAUUAUUGCUAUCCUUAUUGCUCUUGCAGAAGCUUUUGGAGGACUAUACUUUAUAGAGCAGCGAACAAACAGCAGACUCCUAAUCAAAUGCAAUUUGGGGGAGGCACACUUCCAUUUGACCAUGGAGAUAAUUAACACUUACAUUGUAAUGCCAUAAAUCAUUGACAUUGAAUCUUUGUACUCGUUAUCAUCGUUUAUUUUAUAUUUUCGGAUUUGAAGGAAUGUGGGGACAAGAUUGCUUGUCUGCUGUGGCGAAAAAAGCAGGGAUGACAAAGAGAAGCCAUUGCCAUUCUUUUCCUGAUUUUGAAGACGCUUUGGAUUGAUGGUAAGUGACUUGGCUCCUAUUAAGCAGACACUUAACAUAUAGUGGACAAAUAGCACUGUAUGAUUCAGAUGUUUCUUGUCUUAUUCUAAGUAAAUAAACAUUACUAGGUGGACACCUCUAUUAAGAGGACACUAGAGAAGGUCAUGUAGGUGUGUGUAGCUUAACAUCCAUUUCAUUGUUUUACUAGUUGAGAAGGGCAUAUCAUAACUGUUUGGUAACAUUUAUCUCCUGUAUCUUGUCUUGAAACUACUGAACUUCGUUGAGGAAAAGAGCAGAGCUAAAAAAUAGAGAAGCCAUUGUUGUUAUGUAAUCCACCCUGUACAAAGCAUGGAUUAGUGGCAUGACGUGACUUUAGUUUAGUUUUUGAACUGAUUAUUCCCUCGUUAUUAUAGCUUUCUCUCUGUAGUCUUCACUCCAUGAUUUUCAUGGAAGAAAGGACAAAUCGUACUAAGGGUACUGCAUUGACCCAAAGCAAAACUCUUGUGAUACAUUGUUUCACUGUUUUUUAACCGAUUGUUCUUUUUUUCUCCUUCUUUUUAGCGUGGCCUUUGUCAAUGCAGAUCAUGAACUGCACAAUGUGUCUGGUCACCUUUCUGUGAAUUGGAGUUACCUGAUAACUGAGAUGAAGAGAGAGAAUCCAGCCAAGUAUCUAUUUUAUGGAAUUCUUUUGUGGAAGCUACCUUCUGUAGAGCAGCUGUCAGAAGAGGAGGUUUUCGUUGGUGUACAGAGUAUAUUUCCUGGUCAUAAAGCCUGA